AUGGCGAUGCGACUGUUGCUCCACGCGAGGCAACGCGCGGGAUCUGUGCCGUCCGUCGCACUGAGGCCCAUUCUAUCUACACCCGCUGAGCCAGCUGCAGCUCCUCCUGCCGCUCCUGCUGAUUCCACAGCUUCCUCAACAAACCAGCACUCGGAGCUUAAUCCGUUAUUGUCGCACUCAGCACUGUCACCCUCGGUUAUAAGGCAUUCUGCAGCAGCAGCAGCAGCAGCAGCAGCCCAUGCCUCUGCUCCCUAUGCUCUUGCAUCAUCUCCUCUCCUCUCGUCUGUAACGCUCAUUGGCGGUUACCAUGUUUACAGCAGCCACGUCUACAGUAACUGUGCGUACAGUAGUUUCGCUAGCACAGCCUCCGCUGCAGGAAAUUUGCCCUGCUCGUUACAGUCACACGUGGCCCCCUCCAUUCCGAACCUGCCCUCUCGGUUCCUCUCGUCCGUCCCUCCCGUCGCUUCCCAAGUCUCUGAAUCUGCUUCGGAGUCAUCUGCCGAGCCAGCUGUUCCUGGCUCGGGGCUCCCUGUCAAGCCUGCUGCUACUGGUUCGGGGAUACCUGCCGAGCCUACUGGUGAUGAUGCUUCGGCAGCAGGGAAAGAUGAGGAUACCACGAGUGUGAAAGUGAGCGAAGCAGAAGCAGAAGCAGAAGUUUCGGAGAUUUUGGGAGGAGGCAAUUACAGCAUCACAGGCGGCCCCGUGAACAGUAGCACCACCAUCAGCAGCAACAGCAGCAGCGGCAUCAACAGAAACAACCGUUUCGGCAGCGGCGGGGAGGGCCGAACCGGAGACGGAGGUUCGGGCAUUCAGGCUUGGAAGAAACAGCCGAGGCAGCGAGGGAGCAGACAAACGGGCAGCAGCAGAGACUUGCGCAGGGGGCAGCUGUGGGGUGUUAUCAGCCGUGUGCGCAGCAACAAUCCUGUCCUGCCGGCCAUUGAGGCGUGGAGGAUGGCGGGAGGAGUGCUGGAUAAGGAGCUGCUGCUGUGGGCCAUCCGUCGCUGCCAGCCAUACGCUUACCGAGCAAAAGCAGCAGAGCUCUCUCAAUGGCUUAUUUCCUCUUCGGGCUUUCCCCUCACCUACCUUGACUACCAACUCGCCCUAGCCUGUGCUGCGCGGUGCAAUGCGGUGGGGACCGUUCGAGAGAUGUUCCUCUCCUUUCCUGAGGAGUUUCGCAAAGAAAAGGUGUAUGUUGGAGUGCUACACCAUUUUGCCAGGCGCGGGCGGACGCACAAGCUAGGGGAAGAACUGGAAUGGCUCCGUAAUCAAGGGGUAACUGAGGAAAAUGCCUCAUAUCGGUCGAAGCUUCAAGCAUUGCUAACCGAGCAGGAGAUUAUAUCGAAAGGGGCUGCCUUGAAUGGAGCAGAUAUGACAAUAACGAGCGAGGGAGGGGGGGAAGGAGGAGGAGAUGAGGAGGAGGGAGGGGGAGGGGGAGGGGAGGAAGGGGAGGGGGGUUGGAAUGAUGCGGAUUGGUUUGAGUUGGGGGAGGGGAAGGAAGGUUCAAGGAAGGAGCGGUUGGAGAAAGUGCUGGGGGAUGUUGAUUUGUUGCUCCAAGAGAUGAAGGAGAAGGGAAUGAUGCCUGACGAAGUGGCCUACAACGUCGUUUUAGCCAGCCUCGCCAGGCUCGGGCAGAUCGAAAAAAUGGAGGCCUAUCUUGCACGCAUGCGGGCAGAUGGCGGGCAGCCCAGCGGCGUGUCGUACAACAUCCUGAUUGGUGCAUACGCGCUCGCCGGGCAGUUUGAAAAAACGGACCUGUGUAUCGAGGCGAUGAAGGAAGCAGGAGAAAGGCUGAAUGUGAAGACGUAUUGGUCCCUGAUGGGGCGAUACGCGAAACGAGGAGCGGUUGAGAGGUUUUCCAAAGUGUGGGAAGAGGUGAAGCAGGCCGGGUUGCCUCUUGACAGAAGCAUGUACCACUCUCGAAUUGAGGUUCACAGCCGAGCGGGGGAUUUGGAGAAGGCAGAACAGGCCUUUAACGAGAUGUGUGCGCUCAUGCCCCCCACCACAGCAUCAUUCAACGUGCUCCUGGCGGCACUCGGCAGGGCGGGCAGGCUCAACAAGAUCCCCGCUUUGAUGCAGUCCAUGCAGCGGUGGGGGCGGCCAAGGGACGCCAAGACAUACGUCUUCCUUAUCGACGCGUUUCUAAGAGCUGGUGAGGAGGGCACUGCAUAA